AUGGUCAAGAGCUACCGAUCAUGGUACUUGAACGUUGAGGGAGAACAGGCGGUACCGCAAAAUCCACGCAAUACGAGGGGGCAAGAACACGAGAGAGGAAUACCGGAAAAACCAAUGCAGUGGGCAACCGUAGGACUUUUUGCAACAAAAAUUGGCCCAAAUAUUGGGGAAAAAGCCUGGGCCAUCAAGAAAUCCAAAAAAGAUAAUUGCUCUACGAAAAAUUUCACAUUGUUGCAAGAGGUAAAAGUGCCGGAAAGCUGGGGUGCAGCGGCACUUUUUGGAGUAGUACUUGCCAAGCGCAUCGAUAAAAGGGCCUGGGAGCAAGAUGUUGGCAUCUACAGGAGGAUAGUACUUGAGCCAUGGGUGAACGACCGCUUCUGCAAAAACAAGUAA